GAUGGAAACCCCUUUUCUUUAAUUUACAAAUAACCAAACUUCUACUAUUUUGUAUCACUUGUUUCUUUCUUUAUAUAUAUAUAUCCGACCAAAUAAAUAAUCAAGCAAAUGAUUUCCCAGCGAAUUUUCUUUACUGUAAGCAUUUUCCUAAAACAAUUUUUUUUCAUAGAAAGUAUUUAUCUCCAUGCCAAAUGCAGUGGCGAAGCCAAGAAUUUGAACAAGGCGAUUAAAAAAAGUAAAAAUGUCGCAUCUAAGAUUUUAUCCUAUGUCAUAUAUAUCUAUAUAUAUGGAAAAAAUUGUUUUAUCCAUUUAGCAUAUUUUAAUAUUCAGGCAGGGGGAUUCAAUUGAGCCGGCUUCACUAAAGAUUUGCAUCAAUACGAGCGAUUGAGGCUGGCUCCAAGUAUCACAUGCGGAAGCUAGUCACAUAUUGGACCAUCUUUUCCUUUAUUUCUCUGUUCGAGCACGUGUUUGAGAAGGUUAUUGAAUGGGUUCCUCUGUGGCCAUAUAUAAAAUUAAUAACCAUAUGUUGGUUGGUGAUGCCACAGUUUAAUGGCGCAUGUUAUCUUUAUCAAAACCUUAUUCGUCCAUGUUUCCUACUUAAACUGCACGAUAGUAUCAGGCAGUUUAAUGAUUCUUGCUAUGUCUACCAAUGCCUUCUGUAUUUGUGCUUGUCUGUCAACCUUCAAACUGUUACUGACUGGUUUAACAAACCACUGGAGGAUCCAUCUCUCAAGAAUGAAAGAUUUCUGGCUGUGGCAGAGAGGUAUCUUGAAGAAAAUGGUUCUGAUGCUCUGGAGAAACUUAUUGCAGACAAGUCCAAGGAUUAUAGUUCGAAUCAUCAUGCAGAAGAGAUCAAGCCUGCUGAUACUAGUGAUGAAGCAGGAAAGCUUACCCCCAACCAGAGAGAAUGUGAAGGGAGUGAUCCUGUUUGGGAAGAUAUCAAAGUGAUGGAGCAUAUGGCAAAACAUGAAGCUGCUGAGACCAAACAGGGAUAUCCAAUUCAGAUUGAGACGAAAACGAUAGGAGUGCAGGUCAAGGAAAUGGUAGUUCCAGCAGAUGCCGAAGAGAUUAAACUUCCAGAGAUUACGUCUUCAAAGCAAGUUCAGACAGAGUGGACUUGUGCAGUAUGCCAAGUGACAACCACCUCAGAGCAAAACUUGAAGUUCCAUCUCAACGGAAUGAAACAUAAAGCAAGGUAUGAAGGGCUGAAAACUUGCAAGCAAACAGCAAAAAGUGAAGGAAGCUCACCUGUCACAACAAAGUCAAAUCAGCUUAAUCAGGAGAAAUUCAAACAUGAAGCUGCAGCACGAUCAGAGCACAUUGCUAAUGAAGCAGCUGAGCCCAAACAGGUUAAAAGUGUGAAGGAAACUCCAAUUCAGAUUGAAAAGAAACCAACUGCUGUGCAGAUCAAGGAAACAACACUUCCAGCAGAUGCUGAGGAGAUUAAACUCCCAGAAACUAAUUCCGUAAAGAAAGUUCAGACAGAGUGGACUUGUGCGGUAUGUCAAGUGACAACUAAGUCAGAGCAUGACUUGGAAUGCCAUCUUCGAGGGAGGAGACAUAGGGAAAAUUGUGCAGUGCUGAAAACUUUCAAAAAAACAGCAAAAACUGAAAGAAACCCACCUUUUACUAAUGAAAAACCUAAAGAAAAGGUCCAACUAGGAGCUGCUGGACAACAUCAAAAGCAGAAGCAAGUGAAGAAUGCUGGUGGUGCUACUCAUAAUUCUAAGCUGUGGUGUAGGUUUUGUAACAUUAGGUGCUCUGGCGAGAUUGCCAUGGCUUCACAUCUUAAUGGUAGUAAGCACUUGGCAAAACUUCAAGAAACAAUGAGUUUUACUGGUGGAACGCGGGCUUAGGAUUAUGCAAAUAUGCAAUUUUACCAGGGUAUUUGAAGGUGUUUGGUCUAAUUUAGGGGACGUGCUGUUGAGCAACUUUGUUCUAUUAUCCAUAUUGAAAUUUAGUUGUUUAAUCACUGGGAAGGAAAAAAGAGGAAAAGUUUAUGUCGAAAGGUGAGAUAUCACUGUGUAUAAUCAGUUGGUAUGAGCAAUCAGAGCUUCUAAUUUUAA